UCUUCUCAGCAAAGAUCAUUUCCACAGAGAACAUGCAGCUUUGGCUCUUUGUGGCACUUGUGCUUGCAGAAAUUGUCAAAAAUGUGGCAAUGCAUAUCUAUCACUCAGAAGAGCUGAGGAGUGGUGUAACGUCACUUGUGGUGGAGCGAGACGUCAUGCUAUUGAAAAGGCCAAAUCAAACAGAUCUGAAUUUUCCUCAUCCUUGUGAAGAAGUAACACCGUAUCGAAAGAAGAGGAAUGCUGUGGGAAUUCCUUGGCCAACAAAAAACAUACCAUAUGAAAUAAGUUCAGAAAUGGAGAACCAAAUGCCUGACAUCCUGGCUGCUAUGGAAAUGAUCUCCAACCACACCUGCAUCUCUUUCCACGAGAGGAAACCUGAUGAGCCCAACUACUUGUUCUACAAAGUCUCUGAAAGCUGCACAACAUAUAUAGGCUUUACUGGUGGCCAGCAGGCUGUGCUGAUUGGGCCUCAGUGCAGUAUGGGUAACAUCGCCCAUGAAAUCCUUCACAGCCUGGGUUUCCAUCAUGAACACACCCGGUGGGACCGCGACAACUUCAUCAGUGUUGUUGAAGCCAACAUCAUAGCAGGGAUGGAGUACGACUUUGAAAAGAACAAUGGUGAAACCUUCAACAUCCCGUAUGACUACACAUCAAUCAUGCACUAUGGACGGAAUGUCUUCUCGUCAAACGGAAAGGACACGAUCAUCCCAAAGCAGGAAGCAAAGAAUAUGGGACAGAGACGCCAACUGAUGCAGUCUGAUAUCGACAGAGUUCAGAAAUUCUACCACUGUGAUUCUGAGGAAGCAAAGACCAAAACGGAGAGCUGAUCAAACCUCUCUGUAGUACAGCAGCUCAUCCAGCAGGGGUCGCAGCAUUACCACGGUCCAGGACUUCACCAAAACUGUUUUUUAUAUAAACUCUGUUCUGUUGGAUUAAUAUGGAGGGAGUGAUUUUAGUAACCCAACCACUGAAGAAUCUGGAUGUUCAUGUAAAAUAAAGGAACUAACAAGAGUUGAA